AUGCACACCCCAACCUGGCUCAUCAUCGCCAAGCAACAACUCAGCUGUAAGAACAUCACCAAACUGCGCAAACCUCGUCCAAUCGAGGAGGAGACUGAGCAACACGACGAGCCUGGGCAAAAUGACGAGUCAGCCUACCACAACAAGACCGACUGGACACAUGUAGCUCACGACCUCAGCACCAUCUUCGAAGCCGCUGAGCCCCUUGCGGACGAUAAUACGACGUCUUCGUCGAGAUCAACUUCGACGCUCUUCUCAGAUUCUGAAAAUACGCCCUGGAGUCUGCUGUAUGAUCCGGCGAUCUUCACGCUGUGUUCCUCGUCGACUGCUUUUACCGAUGCAGAUGCAGGUACUGUCCAUGAGGUCCGCGACCCAAGAGCAUCCAGCAAGAUCCCCAUCAGCGACGACGACUUUCCCUCCUAUAUGGUAGAACCCUCGGGAUCUCCAAUUCACAUACCACUCACGCCAACUCUCCAAUCCACCCUCACGGCCACCCGCCACGACCUCGCCUACACCUCCGCGGCCCUGGACCACGCCCACGACGAGCUGGAGUACUUUCGUUUCGAGAACACCGCGUGCUUCAACCAGAUCCAGGAACUGACAGCUCAAGUCUACGCUCUCGAGCGGGCGAGGGGUUGGGGGAGGAGGAAGUUGAGGCGGGAGAUUACCAGUUUGACGGGAUGUUUGUUUGAGAUGGAUUUGAGGUUGGGGUUGCAGACGAAGAGGAUUCGGGAGUUGGAGGAGGAGGUGGAGGAGUGGAUGGAGUAUGCUAUGAGCUUGGAGGAGGGGUUGGGAAGGGGUUGA